AUGCAGAGCGACAUAGGCUGGACCGAGGUUCGCCGGAAACGGAGACCAAACAACAAUCACAAGAAGGAAGUGGAAACAACAUACUUCGUAACAAACGUCCCUAGAACAGCGACGAAAAGAGAAGUAUGGAAGACAUAUGCAGGCUUCGGAAGGCUGUCCGAUGUAUACAUGGCGAACAACCGGGGGAAGAACGGGGAAUACUUUGCGUUUAUUCGCUUUUUGGGAGUGGAACAUGCCAGAAUGUUGGAACGACAAUUGGACGGGCAGACGCUCAGGGGCAGGACCCUUGAGGUGAACCUCUCCCUGCAUGAGAGGAAAGAACCACCAGGCUGCAAUAAUAAGAAUAAUAGCAACGACGGAAAGGGACACUAA